GCGAGCGACUGUGCUCGUGCAAGUGGGUUUGUGCUCGUGCAAGCGUGUGCAAGCAGGCAUGUGCUCGUGCAAGUGGGUUUGUGCUCGAGUGAGCAGGUCUGUGCUUGUGCAAGUGUGUACAAGCAGGUAUGUGCUCGUGCAAGUGGGUUUGUGCUCGAGUGAGCAGGUCUGUGCUUGUGCAAGCGUGUGGGAGCAGGUAUGUGUUUGUGCAAGUGUGUGAGAGUUAGUGGGAACAGACAUAUGUACAUGCAAGCAUGUGGGAGCCUGCAUGCAUGUGUGCAAGCAUGUGCGAGCAGGCAUGUAUAUGUGCAAGCGUGUGGGAGUGGAUAUGUUUUUCUGCAAGCAUGUGGAGUGGGCAUGCUUGUGUGCAAGCAUGUUGGAGCAUGUGCAAGGAGGCAUGUGUACAUGCAAGCAUGUGGGAGCAUGCCUGCAUGUGUGCAAGCGUGUGUGAGCAGGCGUGUGUGCAUGCAGGUGUUGAGGAGCAUGCAGGCAUGUAUGCAAGCCUGUGCAAGCAUGCCACACCAGGUAUGUGUGCAUGCCAGCACGGGAGACCGUAUGUAAGUGUGCGCAUUUGUGGGAGAGGCCGUGUGUUUGUGCAAGCGUGUAUGUGCGUGUGAGGAUGUGCAUCCAUGCGUGGGUGAGUGUGUAAGCCAGCACAUGCAUGUGGUUGUGCGUGCAAGACUGCUUGCGUAGCUGUGCAAACACCGAUGAGGCUGCAUGUACAUGCAGACGCCUCGGGGAUCCUGCCUGCGAGCCUGCGUGCAUGUGAGCGCGGGGGCAGGCAAGUGUGUGCGAGCAGGUAUGCGCAUACGUGUGAGCGUGCACACACUUGCACGAGGACACACAUGCAUGCUGUGCACCCUGCGGGGUGGGGGCAGUCCGGACGCCUGGGUCCCUCAGGGGUCCUGCUGCGAAGGCACCGUGACCGAACGUCGGAGCGGAGCCAGCGCCCAGGACCAGCGCGUGGCAGCGGGUGCAGCCCAGAUCGAGGUGAUCCCCUGCAAGAUCUGCGGGGACAAGUCCUCGGGGAUCCACUACGGCGUCAUCACCUGCGAGGGCUGCAAGGGCUUCUUCCGGCGGAGCCAGCAGAGCAGCCUGAGCUACGCCUGCAGCCGCCAGCAGAACUGCCCCAUAGACCGGGCGAGCGUGUUCGUGCAUCGCAUGUACACACAGCACACGGCUACUUUGCACAGGUGUGCAUGA